AUGGUCAAAAUCACAGGCUUUCUCACCCGAGAUGUGAGGUUUCCUACCUCGCUCGACAAAACCGGCUCUGAUGCUAUGAAUGCUGCUGGUGACUACUCCUCUGCAUACUGCAUCAUCAAGACAGACUCACAAUACGAGGGUCACGGAAUGACAUUCACAAUUGGCCGCGGCAACGAAAUCGUCUGCGCCGCCAUCAGCACCAUCGCCCCCCUCAUCGUAGGUAAAGACCUAGACGAAAUCACCGCCGACUGGGGCAAGACAUGGCGCUACCUCGUGUCCGACAGUCAACUCCGCUGGAUCGGACCUGAAAAGGGCGUCAUCCACCUCGCCCUCGGCGCUGUCGUCAACGGCCUCUGGGAUCUUUGGGCCAAGACCCUUAACAAACCCGUGUGGCGUAUUGUGGCCGACAUGACUCCCGAAGAAGUUGUACAAUGCAUUGACUUUAGAUAUAUCACCGACGCUUUGACUCCUGAAGAGGCAGUGGGGUUGUUGAAGGAGGUUGAGCCUACGAAACAAGACCGUAUCAGGGAUGCGGAGCAAAACAAGGCUGUGCCUGCUUACACGACUAGUGCGGGUUGGUUGGGAUAUUCACAUGAGAAGUUGAGGGCGUUGUUGGAACAGAGUGUCAAGGAUGGAUUUAAGCAUUUCAAACUCAAGGUUGGAGGGAACUUGGAGAAUGAUAAGAUUCGGUUGGGCAUUGCGAGAGAGGCCAUUGGAUAUGAUAAAGGGAAUGUUUUGAUGGUUGAUGCCAAUCAGAUUUGGUCCGUCCCCGAAGCUAUCGAGUACAUGAAGGAGCUUGCCCAAUUCAAGCCCUGGUUCAUCGAAGAGCCCACCUCUCCCGACGACGUCCUCGGUCACGCCGCCAUCCGCAAAGCCCUCGCCGACACCCCCUAUGGCACCGUCGGCGUCGCAACCGGCGAAAUGUGUCAAAACCGCGUGAUGUUCAAACAAUUCCUCCAGGCCGGCGCACUCACCGUCCUCCAACCCGACGCCUGCCGAGUCGGCGGUGUAAACGAAUGUCUCGCCAUCCUGUUGUUGGCUCGCAAAUUCGGUAUCCCCAUUGUGCCUCACUCCGGUGGUGUUGGAUUGCCUGAAUACACGCAACACUUAAGCACGAUUGAUUAUGUUGUGAUUAGUGGGAAGAAGAGUCUGUUGGAGUAUGUGGAUCAUUUGCAUGAGCAUUUUGAGCAUCCGGCUAGUGUUAAGGAUGGAUAUAUUGUUACUCCCUUGGAGCCGGGCUAUAGUGUGCAGAUGAAGGCGAAUAGUAUGGAUGAAUAUGCGUUCCCUGGUGAACAGGGGAAGAGUUGGUGGACGACGGAUGCUGCCAAGGUCAUUUUGGAUGGGCCUCGUAUUUGA